AUGCAGAGGCAAGCUGAAACUGACGGCUGCUCCAAAGAGCACUUGCUCGAUGACAGCCCAGAUGCUUCAACCUGGAGUCUCUUCCACAACAACAAUCGCCGUCUGAAGCAGGCAAUCAAGGUGCUGGUUGUUCUAGCGGUACUCAUGGGCCUGGUCCUAGUCGCCUUUGUCCAUCUCACCGUCCAACUCGGCAAGGAACGUGACUUGGUUCUUCACCUCGAGCAACAGAUCCAGGAGUACGAGCACCACGGCAACGCCGUCUCGAAACGAGCCAUCCCCUGGUUCCUCGGUGCCGCCUUCUGGGCCACGAACCAAAUCUUCUCCUUCUACGGACUGGCUAGCAGCUGCAAGUCCUUCAGCGACAGCGCCGGCAACGCCGCCCUCUGCAUCUGGGGCGCCAUCUCCACUGCAGCCACCUUCAUCGGCGUCGCCAGGCACGGCGCGUCGACGGUCAAAAUCAUCCACGACCGGCUGGCGCAAAACGGCAUUUCCGUAGGCUGGAAGCGCGACGCGGUGGUCCUGGAAGCCGAGGCCCAACUCAGCGAGCUGUUCAAGCUCCCCAUGACGCUCGACGGCUUCAUCCCACACCACCACCCCAAGAUCGGGCGCAUGAAGCUCGCAUCCGGCACCAUGUGGCCCGUCUUCCACAUGUACAACCACCACAACACCAGCCUGCACUUCACCAUGACGGCGUUUGAGCAAGACCACGCCGUCAUGUCGUUUGGCUUCGGCCACAAGAGCGACCCGGCCACCAUCGGCAAGCGCGAGACCUACCAGGACGAGUACUUUACCAACGGCGGCGUCGACUUUACCGACUGCUUCAACGACGCCCAGGACACGUACCUGCUCAACACCGACGCCGACUACCAGCAAAUGGACCGUGAUAUCCAGUGCUACUUCCCCGAUCUGUCAAACACCUGGGGCGCCGAAAUCCAGAUCUACGAUUCUAACAUCAGGGGUACGAUUGGCUCGGGUUCCAUCGCGGCGUUUAGAGGGAGCGACCAUGCGAGCAGUAUUAGUGUUAUGCCGGGUUGCCCCGCGAGCAUUCCUGUUUCGGAUCAGUGCAGGUCUGCUUGA